CCAGCCGGCACGCUGCGGAUCUGCCUGCUACCUGCUACUCGCUACCUGUUGCCCGCAGCCAUGGUUACUGUCGUCGCCGCACUCCGCCGUGCCGUGCUGGCCGUGGCGCUGCUGUGGCUGGUGUCGGUAGCGUAUGCCGCCCCCGCUCCCGGCCCUGCAGCCAAGGGCGACCUGCAGACGGACAGCUCAUACGGCUUCGGCUACUACGGGUAUCCCGGUUUCUAUGGUUACGGAUACGGCUUUCCCUACCGAUACGGAUACGGAUACGGUUACGGAUACGGCUUCCCCUACUACGGUGGUUACUACGGAUUUUAUGGACAUCCCUUCUUCUAAUGGUCCUGACUUCAAGUUGGUGUCAUUCCAAGCAGCGAGUGUCUCGUAUGCACGGCACGUGUCAAAUAAAUUAAUGUAAAUCUACAACAAUGUACAAACGUAUUUAUAAUUAAAAAUCUCUUAAGUAAUGUCA